AUGGAUGCAGAAUUCACUGUCAACAGCAGUAAUGGUGUUAAUCACAUACAUCCCUGCUACGUCUCAGACAAUGGAAGUAACAUGUUUGCAAAUAACCCCUCAAUUAUAUGUAUAUCAUUGUACUUGUUCCUUGGACUAUUGUCUGUUGUUACUGUUUGUGGAAACUUUCUUGUGAUAUUUUCUAUCAUUUACUUCCGACAGCUACACACUCCUACUAACUACCUCAUUCUUUCUUUAGCUGUUGCUGACCUGCUUGUUGGGGUUUUAGUUUUCCCCUUUAGUAUGGCAUUCACUGUAACUUUAUGUAUGCAAUAUGAAAGUUUAUUCUGCAAAAUACGGGACUGCUUUGAUGUUACAAUGUGCACAUCUUCUAUUCUGAACCUGUGCUGCAUUUCCAUAGACAGAUACUACGCAGUGUGUGAGCCUCUGACAUACAGGACAACAAUAAAUGCUCAGGUAACUGCGGUUAUGAUCUUGUUUAGCUGGGGGGUCUCAGUUCUAAUAGGAAUUGGCAUCAUUGUUGCAGGAUUCAGCCAAGGCAUAUGUGAGGAUAUAUGCUCAGUUGACAUUGUAGUUGCCAACACUAUAGGGCCUGUUUUCUCCUUUUACCUUCCAGCAGUCAUAAUGCUCUGCAUUUACUUCAAGAUUUUCCUUGUUGCUCAGAAACAAUUAAACAGUAUCCAGAACAAGAACUGCCUGAGCAUGAAGUCUGGAGCAACUGUUAGUAGGAUGGAGAGAAAGGCCACCAAAACCCUAGCCAUUGUGAUGGGAGUGUUUCUUUUAUGUCUCACUCCCUACUUCAGCUGUGUUGUCUUCCAGCCAUUAUAUUACAACCCACCACCAUUUCCUGUGAUAGAAACACUGAACUGGCUUACACUAUCAAAUUCAAUGCUGAAUCCUAUAAUUUAUGCAUUCUUUUACCGCUGGUUCCGAUCAGCUUUCAGAAUGGUCAUUUCAGGAAAAAUAUUCCAAAGAGAUUUAGUUAACUCUAGAUUAUUUUGA